UCCUUUCUUCCUUUCUUCCUUCCUUCCUUCCUUCCUUCCUUCCUUCCUUUCUUUCUUUCUUUCUUUCUUUCUUUUUUCUCUCUCUCCUUUCUUUCUUUCUUUUUUCUUUCUUUCACUCUCUCUCUCUUUCUUCCUUUCUUUCUUUCUUUUCCUGAAGGAAGCAUUGUGAAAGGUUGACUGCUCUGUUCAAGUUUUAGUGUUAGGAUUUAACACACCUGGGUCCUGUCCUGAUCGAGGAGAGAGAGUGAGGGAAAGCAGCUAAGCACAGGCGUUCAUUCCUCUUUCUCUGCUUCUUCAUCAUUGAUCAAUCUGCUCCCAACACUUGCCUUCCCUACCACGAGAGACCAAAUUCCUCAACUGUAUUGGUUAGUUUUCCGGUUGCUGUUCUAAAAUGCCCUGACAAAAGCAACUUGCAGGAGGACGGCUUCAUUUUGGUUCAGUCCCUGAUGAUUAUGCCUGUGCUCUUCAGAAGGAUAUCUUGCUUCAGGGGCGGCUGUACCUUUCAGAAAACUGGCUGUGUUUCCAUAGCAACAUUUUCAGAUGGGAAACUACAAUUUCUAUUGCCUUAAAGAAUAUAACGUUUAUGACCAAGGAGAAAACUGCUCGACUCAUCCCAAACGCUAUCCAGAUCAUCACAGAGGGCGAAAAGUUUUUCUUCACAUCUUUUGGUGCCAGAGAUAGAAGUUACCUGAGCAUAUUUAGGCUGUGGCAGAAUGUAUUGUUAGAUAAGAGUCUGACCAGACAGGAGUUCUGGCAAUUGCUUCAGCAGAACUAUGGCACGGAGCUGGGCUUAAAUGCUGAAGAAAUGGAAAACUUGUCGUUAUCCAUUGAAGAAAAUGUGCAGCCAAGAAGCCCCGGAAGAAGCAGUGUGGAUGACGCCGGGGAGAGAGAUGAAAAGUUCUCCAAGGCCACCAGCUUUCCACAGGAGCCAACCAGCCGAGUCUCAGACACAGAGCCACCGGAUGGGAACUCCCCGAAAAGAGGAUUAGGAAAAGAGGAGUCCCAGAGUGAGAAACAUGUGAAAAAAAGCCCUUCAGUAGAUUCAGAAAAGAGGUUAAGUAGAACACCCUCCAAAUCACUGGACUUGAAUAAAAAUGAGUGCCUUUCUCUGGACAAAGGCAGCACUUCAGAUUCUGCAGACGAAGAAAGUAUUCCUGAGAAUGAUCUUCAAGGAAGACUUCAUAUCAACCGUGUCUUUCACAUUAGUGCCGAGAGAAUGUUUGAAUUGCUCUUCACUAGCUCAUGCUUUAUGCAGAGAUUUGCUAAUUCUAGAAAUAUAAUAGAUGUGGUGUCUAGCCCCUGGACAGUUGAGUCUGGAGGUGACCAGCUGAGAACCAAGACCUACACUGUGGUCCUCAGCAACCCGCUGACUGGAAAAUACACGGCUGCCACGGAAAAGCAGACGCUGUAUAAAGAGAGUCGGGAGGCACAAUUUUAUUUAGUGGAUUCAGAAGUGCUGACACACGAUGUCCCCUACCAUGACUACUUCUACACUUUGACGAGAUACUGUAUCGUCCGAUCUGCAAAGCAGAGAUGCAGGAUGAGAGUUUCCACAGACUUGAAGUUCAAGAAACAACCAUGGGGCCUUAUCAAGUCUUUAAUUGAGAAGAAUACCUGGAGUUCAAUGGAUAGCUAUUUCAAACAGCUUGAAUCAGAUUUGUUAAUGGAAGAGUCUGUGUUAAAUCAAUCCAUUGAAGACCCUGGAAAACUUAGUAGCCUACGGCGGAGAAGGCGGACCUUGAACCGAACAACAGAGACGGUUCCAAAGUUGACUUCUCAGCAUUCUUCUACAGAUUCAGCCUACGAGGCCAAAGGAGAUGUUACAGGGAAGAGAAAGGCUGUGGACAGCUGUGACACGGCUCUUAUUGUGGUGAUGAGUGUAUUUUUGCUGCUGCUGGUUCUGCUGAAUGUGACGCUGUUUCUGAAGUUGUCAAAGAUCGAGCAUGCUGCUCAGUCCUUCUACCGGCUUCACCUCCAAGAAGAGAAAUCUUUAAACUUAGUCUCUGAUAGAUUCUCAAGAACAGAAAAUAUUCAGAACAAAGACCAGGCCCACCGUUUAAAAGGAGUGCUUCAAGAUUCCAUAGUGAUGUUGGAACAGCUGAAGAGCUCACUCAUUACGCUUCAGAAAACCUUUGAUUUACUGAAUAAGAACAAGAGCGGGGUGGCGGUGGAGAGCUAGUGCUGAGCUGUGGGAAUCGAAGAGACACCUGGGCCUAGAAGACAACAUCUGGAAGGAAACGAGGACGAAGACUCUCACUGUCACAGGACAUUUCUGAUAUUUUUAUUACCAGGAUUCCUACUAGGAAAACCUUAUUUAAAUAACAUUUACUUGAUGGUUACUCUCAAAUAGCCUUAAGACUCUAUAUUUUCACUUCUUAUAGAGAUUUUUUUUUAAGCUGUGAACUUCUCCAGUGAACCAUGAAAUAUAUUUUGGAAUUGAAAUUCUGAGACACAAAAGGGGAAGGAAGACACUGUGGGUCCUGUGGCUUCUCUUCUAUAGUGAGGCCUGUUGCUUGAUCAUUUAAAUUUGUUAGCGGAGCCCCUGUGUGCCCAGUGGGCUGUGCUCAUAGCUGAGUUUAAGAGCCUAAAAAGCUAAAGACGAAACCCCUCAAUCAUUUCUCUUUCAAGGAUCAUUUUCCAAGCGCAUACAUUCCAGGUUUGUGUCUUUACAUUUUACAGUGUCUUAACGGACUUGGCAUGCCGAAGCCAAAGGCAUUGCUAACAACAUUUCUGAGAAGGCUGUAGGGAAUGAAAAUACUGACUAAAGGGAAAGGGCUUCUCUCCGUGAGUCCUGGCUCAUCUCCCCGGGGCGGGGUGUAGAGUAAUAACUCCUGUCGUUUUGUUUUGUUUUGUUUUGUUUUGUUUCUGAUAAGGACAUAUGAAGUAUCCGGCAGUGAGCAAGAGUGACUGGAUCAGAACCUUGCAACCGUUAACUGUCAAAGUGAAUGCUUUUGUGGUUUCUCUCAAACUACUUCAUAAUAUACCUCAAAGAUUACCCAUGUUGCUUUGUAGAUACAAUACUAAAUAUGUGUUCAGAACUAAUAAAAUCUGAAUCUGUUCUAAAGAUUGACUUCAGUAAAACCCAA